AUGGAUUUACAUGAACAGUCACCUUGUGAUAAAGAUUUCAUAAACACAGCAACAUCAAUAUUAAGAAAUACGUUAAAUCAACUUCAAGAUUUAAACUCGUCCACACAAUCAAGUGCGGAAUUGAGUCCUCAAACUGAAAGUCAAAAAGCACAACUACCUGUACCUCGACCUGUACUAGCACCGAGUGUAGUACCUCAACAACCAGUUUACAGAACACUUAGUUGAAAAGCAGAGAUUAACUAACCAUCAAAGUGGAAAUAGAAAGCUACACUCCACUGAAACAAUUCGGCUACUUAUCACUAACCACAUUUUUAGAGCAAUGGACGAAAAAAGAUUACAGCAAUGGUUUUAAUAGACCUGAGUAAAGCCUUUGAUAGCAAAGCCAUGAAAGACUACUCCAAAAGCUCCAAAAUGUAGGCGCUUCUUCCUCUAGUGUUGAUUGGUUUCAGAGUUAUCUAUCCGAUAGAUAUCAAGUCACACGCAUUGGUCAAUCUACAUCAACUCCUUUAUUGGUGAAACAUGGAGUCCCACAAAGCUCCAUCUUGGGUCCACUUCUGUUUACAACAUACAUUAACGAUUUACCCAAAGUUGUUUCGAACUGUGACGUAGAAUCAUAUGUUGACGACACAAAGACGUUUAUAUCAUUUUCCUUAUCAGAAGCCGUCCUUGGCCUGUUAAGCCUUUCCCAAGAUCUCAGAAGUAUAGCAGAAUGGUGCUGUUCUAAUAAGCUUCUAAUAAAUCCCUUGAAGACAGAGUUUAUGAUAUUUGGAAUGGAGAAAUCGAUAAAGAACCUGCCAAACUUAUCAAUUCCUUUUCUAGGAAAAAUAUUUACACCUGUCACAGUUUGUAAAGACCUUGGUCUCACUUUCGAUGCCACUCUGACAUUUGACGAUCAUAUCAAUUCAUUGACGUCGACCCUAACAUCAAGUCUGUGUCAAAUCAACAGAGUUCGACACUUGUUCGACAAGGAUGCCUUGUUGGUCAUGAUAAACUGCCUAGUAUUUAGCAAACUUUACUAUUGCUCCACGGUUUGGUCUGGCACCACCCAAAAGAACAUUAAGAAACUACAACAAGUACAGAACUUUGCAGCACGAAUCGUAACCGGAACUAGAAAGUAUGAUCAUAUCACCCCGGCUUUAGAUAAGCUUGGAUGGUUGUAUUGUACCGUAAUGCUAUUAUGA